AUGUCUCCCGAGGUCCAAGACAGGGACCUCGCGGGUCGAAAGCGAUCCCAUGGCGAUUUCCUCAACCAAGAUUCAUGCGGGGCACCCUCGUUUCGGGACUCGGAGCAUACUCAGACGGGAGAUUCGUUGAGCGACAAAGAGAACGAUAACCGACACCCUUCAGCUGGUGCGGCGGCUUCGUCUCAGGCAAAAUCCACAUCAAGCUUGAGCGAGCCAGCGAGUAGCCCACAAAACGCCCCGUCCCCAUCUCCCCGGUCAACGCCAGCUCCUUCGUCAACAACAACGGCACCAACCCAACUUGGCUCGGCACCAGCCAAAGUCACGCCGCAAAAAUCGACUAACGGUGAACCGCCGAAGAAGAAGAGACUUACCGGCGAAGAGAAGGCUGCGAGAGAUGCGGCGGAGAAGCAGAAGAAGGAUGAGGAGCGGGAGAAAAAGAAGCGCGAGAAGGAGGAAGCUGAGAAAUUGAAGGCGCAACAGAAGGCCGCGGAGAAAGCGGCGAAGGCAGCAGAGAAGGAGGAGGCUGAGAAACAGAAGGCUGCGGAAAAGGCCGCCAAAGCAGCAGAAAAAGCGGAGAAGGAGAACGAGAAGAAGCAGCGCGCCGAGGAGAAGGAAAAGAAAAAGAAAGAAAAGGAGGAGGAGGAGGCCAAGAAAGCACGCAGCCAGAUGAAGUUGACCAACAUGUUCAACCGCACCGCAGCCGCCCCUAAGAAGGAGCUUGCAGCACUUCAACUGAGCGACGCUCAGCCAGUCGGUGCCACGGCGAGCAGCGAGGUAAAGGAGACAUCACUGUACGACCAGAUGUUCAAACCAUUCUUUGUGAAGGAGCAUGUCCGGCUAGCGAGGACCGCGGUCCAGAUGGACGAGGAGACAAAGGAGGCCAAAACGAGGAUUUUGGACAAGUAUCUCUCAGGCGAGUGUCAACAUUCGGCGACUACCUUUGAGCCCCUUGAAGCACUCCAGAUACCCUACAAAACUCGCCGCGGGAGGGUGUACCCGAGUGUUAAGAAAAUCAUGGCAGAGUUUGAGGGUCUUUCGUCAGACAAUCUCACCGGUCCCACGACAGAGUCACAGAAGGCUCAGAUGAAGCAUACGUUGGAGACCUUGAAGUCAGUACCGAUAAAGUCGAUCAAAUUCAGGGAAGAUGUUCGACCGCCCUACAUCGGCACGAUCAGCGGCCCGCCCCCUGGGAUGAAGGACUUCCGCCGACUAGCACGAAAGCCAGCCGCCGAGGUUCUUGACCUGAGAUACGAAGAUGAUUCGGAGGCAGAGUGGCAAUAUGACGAUGGCGAGGACGUGGAUGAUUUGGACGAUGAGGAAGAGGAAGUCGACGGAGACGAGGACAUGGACGACUUCCUGGACGAUUCCGAGGAUGUUGGCCCCGCGCGGAUGAUCUUUACUGGGGCUGGUGGUAUCGAGCCCGAGAGCGUUGGUCCGUCAUGGGAGAGUCAAACUGGAAGCAACGCGGAACCGAAGCUACAUCAAUUCCGGCUAGAAUUUGUUCUAGAACCACUGGAACAACACCACAGCAUCGACCCCUUCUCGACCGGGUACUGGGAGACGCCGAAGACGAAACCGAGCGCAGGUAACGAACCAUCAGCCGUAUCCGCAUCCACACCCGCAUCCAUAUCCGCAUCCAUAUCCGCAUCCAUAUCCGCAUCCACUACGAAUGUUUCCGCGAGUUUAAGUUCCGGUCAAGAUGGACGUGCUAACCCAAUGGCGCCACCCCCCGCCCCGGCAGACGCAUUCCAGGCUCUCAGCAACCCCAACGCAACAGGGGCAAAGAAGUCACAGCAACCGCUGCCGCUGGAUAUGCAGCAGAAACUAAAGGACCUUGUGCGCUCUAUGCCGACGCUCAGCAAAGUCGGCGUGAUCGAGCUGUUUGCGGCCAGUAACCCGGGAUGCCCAAGGAACCAGAUCAAGACGUCAUUCGAGGCCCUGUUUGAGAAAUCAGGGAAGGUGUUCAAGGUCAAAGGAGAGUAG